CGUGUUCUCGCGAUAGCGAGUGAGCGGGACGCGCGCAGGAGAGGAGCAGCAGUGAUGGCGGACGCGGAGCUGAAUGACACUAAACAAGAGGAAUCAAGCGAUUCUCCCACUGAUGAGACAGAAGCGGAGCCCCAGCAGACAAAGGAGAACUCCAAUGGCGUUAAAACUGACGCCGAGGACAAGCCGGAGCCCAAAGAGAAGAGCCGAAAGUCUCAGCGCUACCAUCCCUACAAAGAGCGUCACGCCGGCGGCUCGGCGGACAAGAAGCCCGCUCACAGGAACCGGGUGUUCAUUAGCAAUAUCCCUUAUGAUAUGAAGUGGCAGGCAAUUAAAGAUCUAAUGCGUGAGAAAGUUGGUGAGGUUACAUACGUGGAACUCUUUAAGGAUGGAGAAGGAAAGUCAAGGGUAAGUGUUGUGGUUGAGUUCAAAGAUGAAGAGUUUGUGAAGAAAGCCAUCGAGGUCAUGAGCAAACACGAUCUGAACGGACGGCCGCUGAACAUCAAGGAGGAUCCCGACGGGGAGCACGCGCGGCGCGUCCUGCAGAGAUCAGGCCGGAUGUUCGGAGCGGGCCGAGGGCAGGACACCGGGGUAAACAUCCCUCCCUCCAUCGCCAACAACCCCAACAUCCCUCCGGAGAUCCUGAGCGCGCUGCAGGCCGGACGGCUCGGGACCACCGUCUUCAUUGCCAACCUGGACUUUAAGGUGGGCUGGAAGAAGCUGAAGGAAGUGUUCAGUAUGGCAGGGACGGUGAGGAGAGCCGACGUCAAAGAAGACAAAGACGGGAAGAGCCGAGGCAUGGGGACCGUCACCUUCGAGCAGCCGCUGGAGGCCGUCCAGGCCAUCUCUAUGUUCAACGGUCAGAUGCUGUUCGACAGACAGAUGCACGUCAAAAUGGAUGAUAAAUCACUUCCUCCAGAUGACUUCCGUCCUGCAGAGAAACCGCCGCAGUUACCCAGAGGUCUGGGCGGCAUCGGGAUGGGUUUGGGUCCCGGCGGUCAGCCAAUCAAUGCCAACCGUCUGAGUGGAGGAGCCCCUGGAGGGAUGGACGCGCCGGGAUGCAGCAACAUGAACCGCAUGAGUGGGAUGGGCGCAGGCUUCUCCGGGAUGGACUGUAUGGGUGGAAUGGGAGGAUUUGGAGGCAGAGACAUGGCACCCAUGGGACGAAUGGGAGAUGUGUAUCGCUCUGGAAUGGGAGGAGGGAUGGACAGAGACUUCGGCAGAGGAGACAUGGGAAUGAGCCGGCCCUUCGGAGACUCGUUUGGAGGUGGAGGAUAUGCAGGAAUGGGGAAUGCUGGGAUGGGACCCAUGGGCUCUGGAUUAGGAGGCGGAGUCAUGGGGAAUAUGGGAAUGGAUCGCAUGAACUCCGGCUUCGACCGGAUGGGCGGGAACAUGGACAUGGGGCGUGGCUUCGGACAGUAUGGAGGCGGGUCGGGUCACAUGGGUGGAAUGAGUGACAGGGGGGCGGGGUCUAAGGCCGGAUGCCAGAUCUUUGUGAGAAACCUCUCGUACGAUCUGACCUGGCAGAAGCUCAAGGAGAAGUUCAGUCACUGUGGUCAGGUGAUGUACGCCGAGAUCAAGAUGGAGAACGGCAGAUCUAAAGGCUGCGGCACGGUGCGCUUCGACUCUCCUGAGAGCGCAGAGAAAGCCUGCAGGAUGAUGAACGGAACCAAGAUCAACGGACGAGAGGUCGACGUCCGUAUCGACCGCAACGCUUGACUCACACACACACACACACACACACACACACAGAGGCCAGCUUUUGUUUUGUUUUAAAAACAUCAUGACUGUCAUAUCAGCGAUCUCACCAGCUUCAGCUCCACGUGUUAGAGACCACCUUCACUUUUGCUUUCUUUUGUAAAACAUUUUAAUUUGUGGGACGUCUGUCUCUGACUACAUUUUAAGAAAUAAAAAGCUGGCUGUUGUAAA